ACCCAUUUACCCAGCCCACGUCACAGAGUGUCCAGGCUGAUGGUGCCCUUGGGGACCACUGGGGUCACAUCCUCCUCUCACACGUGAGGGACCCGAGGCCCCAGGGCCAGAGAUGGCCCUUCGGCAGCUGCGCAGCUGGGCAGGGCUCUGCUUUCCCCCAGCACCCUGGCUCCCCGACUGGAAGCUGAGCUCUGAGAUCUGGAAUCUGACCUGGAAACCCUAGAAAAAUGCUGCCUGCGCUCCUUUCCCGGACCACUUCCUGCUGAGGCUGGACAGGGGAUUCCGGCACUUUUGCAAACAAACCAGUAAAGGCGAAGGCGUGGAAAGAAGACUUAAGGUUCAUCCCCACCGACAGGCAUCCGCGCCUGCGCCUGCUCCCCGCCCCCAGAAUCCCACCCCCCCCCGGCCUUGGGUGAUAAGUUUAAGGGCAGGACGCUAUAUCAGGUCCACCAGGGAAAUCUAUUUGGAGUGUGAGCUGAAAUCACACGUGAGUCUCUCACUUGCCUUAGGAGCCGGCUCAGCUGUCUCUUGUCGCUGGGAACUGGCUCUGCUAAAGGCCCGUCCCCCCCCAGCCUCCUCUGCCUGAGCCCUCCCCCCCCUCCCCUCAAAGGCCUUGCUGCAGCCUGGGGAAUUCGCACAAAUGGUGUGCGAUUUGCCCCUUUUGUGUUUUUCUUUCUGACUUGGAGGUAAAGAAAACCCUUCACCCCGCUCUGACUCUCUGUUUAUUCAACUGGGAGAGAUUUCACACCCAGGAACACCGCUCUCCCCGGCGUGAGCCUUUUUUCCUAAAUCUUCGUCGUCGUCCCAGCUAUUCCAUCCCUGCAGGUCCCUGAAUAAUUUAUGAGUCCACGCUGGCCUUAUAAAAGGGUCUUGCAGAAAAGGCCAAAGGAGUUCAGGAGGUUCUGAGAAAUAGGAGCCCCCACAGCCUGCCUGGCUGUGACAGCCAGAGGAUGGACUCUGCCACUCAGGCUGCAGCCGCCCCCACCCCAGCCCUGACCCUGGCCCCAGCUCCAGCCCUAGUGCAGAGCCCCCCGGCACUCCCUGGCCCAGGAAGCCCAUUGUCCCUUCUCUCCUCUGGACAAGAAAUAGAUGGAAGCAAACGAGGAGCUUGUCUGUGGAGGCCCUGGCUGUCCUCUGCAAGUGACCCCCGGAGGCAGGUGAGGAAACCUGCGGAUCUGGCCGCCGGUGAGGCAACAGGUGCCAAGGUCACCAAGGGUGACUCCGAGUUCCAUCAUCCUGUCAGGCUCUUCUGGCCUAAAUCCCGCUCCUUUGACUACCUGUACAGUGAUGGGGAGAUUUUACUGCAGAACUUCCCUGUCCAGGCAACCAUCAACCUCUAUGAGGACUCGGACAGCGAGGAGGAGGAAGAGGAGGAGGGGGAAGCAGAAGAGGAGGAGAAACAGGAGGCAGAUGAAAAGGGGCCAGAAGGGUGUGGGAAGGUUCCAGGGUCAGCACCACACAGGGCCACAGCUCCUCCUCCCUCCCUGCCCCUGACCUGUCCCAAUUGAACCAGACAGAGUCUGAUUGGGGUUCAGUAUGCCUGGUAAGGCCACCAGGGCACUGAUUAGCCAGGGAUCUCCAGGCACAGCUGUCUGGAUUGAAAGCUGGGGCCUCAAGUCAUUGGCUCACCCUGGCUCACCCACGAGUCCAGGCCUCUGGCAUCUCAUUGGGUUGCUGUUUUGUUGACAGUGAUAGGGUCCUAGGAGCUCUAGGGGAAGGAAGACUUGCUUUCUGAAGUCCCCAGGGAGCAGAUCCGGACAGAGCAUGCCCGUGCAGCGGGGAAUGGUUGCUCUUCAAGGCUCUUUGACUCCCCAGCCUUCCAGGUGGUUGUAUAGUCCUGUCUCCCUAGAGAAAGCCCACCUGCUGGCUUCAUCUCCAGGGAUAUGAGAGCAACAGCAGAUCCAGGCACAAUUGGGGUGCCUUCCUGAUGGACCUUGCAGGAAGGGAAGGGCACAUCUAGAGAGUCAGCUUGCUAUGGGGACCUCCUUCCUUCUACUGGGGGUCUCUGUGUUGACACGAGAUGAAUCAGGAGAAAAAAUAAACUAGAUGAUGUUUACCUUUU